AAGAGAAGCUGGACCAUUUCAAUACCAAUGAUCGCAUUUUAAGCGAUUCCUUGUUAAAAGAACUGCUUGAAUAUCGUCACCAUUAUAUUUAGUAUCGAUAAUAUCUUCAUGCUAGAAGUAACAACUACUUGGAUUGAGUAGGUCAGAAAACAACACAAUUUUUACAAUAUAAAUCAAGCUGUCGAGCGACUUAAUUGGCAAAUUCUGUCAGUUUUGAUUGUUCAUUCCUGUCUCUAUACUCUGCUUUACCAGCUUCAAGAUGAAUGUUUUAUUUUAUAUACCAGUGCUGUCUUCAUUUUUGUCAAUAGCGUUUGGUGGGAAUCACUGGGCUUUGCUUGUAGCAGGCUCAAAUGGCUAUUACAACUACAGACAUCAGGUAAAAAAAAAAACCAACUUAACGUUGCUAUUCCUGGGAAUUGCUCAUAAAUACGUAUCCGUUAUUUGACCUAUUAAAUUAACUUAUUGAAGUGUUCGCUGAUUGUUAAUUAACCUGAAUUCUUAGUGAGCUAAAGUAUAGUAUGAGACUAGUAUAGAUAAUAUUAAGACAUUGAUCAUUGACAAUGAUAUUGCCUUUAGUUAGUCAUUGGAGUAUUUUAAACCUAAGUCCUAAGUGAUUAAGAUUGACAAUAAUAAGCCUAAGUGAUUAAGAUUGACAAUAAUAAGAUUAGAUUAGACUAGUUCAGUGCCUAAUAAAUUAGUGUUUCUUUCAGGCAUCUCUGAGCCCCCUUUUUUUUUCGAGAAAGUGAAGCCCCCCUUGCCCCUUGGAGAAAAAUAUUUACUACAAUAAGUCAAUAUCAAUAAGGAUGAAAUAUAAUUUAUGGUAUUCUGCCACUUCAGCAUUGUUUAUUCAAAAAUCCUAUUAUUGAGUAUUAGCCUAUUGUUCUGGCUUGAGGUGCUAUUUUAACAGUUUUUCUUUUAUUCAUGUCUGUUAAAUAAAAGGUUAGUGAAGAGAAGGCAACUGGGUUUUCUGGUGUUUAGAAAGAGAGUUUGGACGCUGUUUUCAUGUUCAAGUGCCAGAUGUGCAAUCUCUUAACAGGAGUAAAUAGAGAGAUAUAUCCUUCCAGGUUCACUCAUUAUAUCAGACGUAUGGGUGGCUUUUGCAAAAAUAAACCAGAUAAGACGCAGAAUUUACGAAAACUCUGUUAUGAGCUAUCAACAAAAUUGUGUUCAUUAAAAUAUUUAAAAAUGACCCUGGUGUUCACACACAGAAUGUUAAUGUGUGGAUGCGUGAAAAACGUAAAAUGAAACAACAGUUUGGCACCAGCUGCAAUCCUUUCCUUUCAUAUGUGCAUUUCAUGAGUUAAUGUUCUGCACUUAUUUUUCAUGGCCAUGGAGAUGAUAUUUUGAAGAAAUUCCUUUUUGGGGAGAACUAUGCAUAAACUCAAACUCUGUUUUAUUUUCUGACAUUAAAUUGUUUAAAUUUUAUAUUUUUAAAAAUUAAUAAAUACAUUUUUGGGGAGAACUAUGCAUAAACUCAAACUCUGUUUUAUUUUCUGACAUUACAUUGUUUAAAUUUUAUAUUUUUAAAAAUUAAUAAAUACAUUUUUAAGAAAAUUUUUUUAAAAAGUUUUGUCUUGGAUUAUUUAUAUUUACUGAAAUGAAUAUGUACAAUGUUAUAAAUGACCUUUUCAUUUAUUUGGAUCAAUAAAAGAAUUUUAUUUUAUCAAUGGAGCACAACUGUUUAAAUAGCACUUCUGACCAUAUCUUAACAAUGACUUGAAUAACUGACGCUUCCCUGGUAGAUUACAUUAUUUAAAAAACUAAAAAAAACCUCUUACAUUUUCAUUUUAUAACUUUUUUAUUAAAAAUUAGUGACAUGGUGUCAUAAAUGAAAAUAUUGAUGAUACGCUCUAUAACUUUGAUGAUCCAAAUAUUUAAGGCAAAUCUAGAUACAGAAGUCAAUUCUAAAUACAUUAUUAGUAUUUUAACGCUAUCUACGCCUUUGCACUUUGUCUUUGCAGGCUGGUAUUCUGCUGUAGAUAUCAGUUAAUGAGUCCAGAUAGCAUUGUCACAGUUUUGUCACUGAUUAUAAAAAUAGGUCAAAAUGCUGGUAACAAACUGUAUCAAAAUGAGAGUUGCUUGGACUGUUCUAAAAAUAGAUUUCAACUGCUGAUUUUGAUCUUAUAAAAUAUGUCAAACUGGCCUUCUUAUUGGGACAGCAUUGUAAAAACUGAUAACUAGUUUAAAACUGAAUUCCAAUAACCAGAUUGCCAAAACAAAUAACUUUAUAACAUCUUUAAAACUCACUACUGUCUGUGUAGUAUAACUCACUAACCUACUAGGUAGGCCUACAUUAUUCAGUUGACUUUGACUCUAGGAGUAAUUCUAAUCAUUAUUUUGUAUCUUAACCAUCCGAAGAUGACUUGAGUAGUGGCCUAGACUUGAGCCUUUUUUGUUGAAAGUAGGGAGAGUUGAUCAAAUGGUCACCCUCACUCUCUCAUCCUUGCCUAUAUGAUCAAUUUGCAAGACUGAGACAAGACGACUGAAAAUAGACCAGGAUGCAGUAAAGGACCAGCAGAGUCAUUUUAUGUGUUUCUCUGUGCUCUUUAUGCGUCCCACGUUGCAGGAGUUGUUGGAAUUUUCAUUGUGUCAAUGUCAUACCCCCAUGGGACUCCGUAUUAGUAAUUCUAAUAUUUUCUAGUUAAUAGCCCUAUGACUAUAAUAAUUAUAAAAAAACUUAUUUGUGAUGGGCCCAAUUUUAGGCAUACUAUUAAACUAAUGUGGGUAAAAAGUGAUAUUUUAGAUCUUAGGCUAUGGAUUAAAUUAGAGUUACUUACAUAGGUUGUAUAAGUUAACAUUAAGCCUCCAUUUUAUUAAGGAAAAAGGUGUGGGGGAGGGGGAAAUAUGAAUCUAAAUCAUUAAAAGAUGGUGAGACUAAUUUUUUAAUUCAAUAAUUAAAAUUCCGUUACCUGCUUGUUCAUCAUUAUUCAGUUAACAAUUGUAAUAGACACUGUUAUAAUUAUUUUAAAUUUACUGUAAGAAAGUUUUUCCAAACUUAUGAUUCCUGGUCAUCUUUGAGAUCUCUGUCUGAAAUUUAGUAUGACUGCAAUAAAGAACAACAUUAAAGCAAAACAGCCACAAACCAAAACAACCAUCUACUUUUAGCAACUGAUUUAAAAUUGAUUUAUGACCUUAUCCUUCCUUAUAUUCAUAAUAAAACCUAAAAAUACUUAUAUAUUUUAAUAAAUAUUUUCUUAAAUAUUUUUAAUGUUGUGAUGGUAGCCAUUUAAACUCAAUGUAUGCAACAUCACUAGUAGUGCAGGACUAACAAAAAUGUCUUAUAAUUUACUGAAUUCUGAAGUAUAAGUUAUCGAAAUAUAUAUUUUAUUAUAAUUUAAAUGGAACAUUAUUAACUUUUCUGGGAUAUAAUUAUUUUCAAGUUGUUUUACAUUAAACUGUAUCAAAUGAUAAUCUAAAAUUAAGAUUUAUUUUGAAAAAAUGGCAUUUCAUUUUGUCAUGCCAUUAAAUGAAAUAAUAUGCACAUGUGAUUUAAGUUUUGCCAAUAUUUUUAUUUAGUUGAAUCUGAAAUCAAUUUUCAGGCUGACAUCUGCCAUGCUUACCAUGUGAUUAGGAGCAAUGGAAUCCCAGAUGAGAGAAUCGUAGUCAUGAUGUAUGAUGACAUUGCUAAUAGUCCGGAGUAAGUUAAUUAUUAUUUCAAAUUUGAACUCUGCCUUCUUGCAUAUCGUAUCAUGCCGGAGAGUAGUUGUAGGGGGUAAGUCUUUUACCAUUAGCAAUAUUUAUAAUACACCUAGGAACACAUUGUGCCUGCCCUUGCAGGGCACAACCCUCUUUAGCGAUAAAAUAAUAGCAGUGGAUUUCAAUGCCCAUAUGAGGGAUAUGGGCUAUCCCAAUACCUAGAGGAGGUUGAGCUCAUGACCAACCUCAUCAGGCUGCAUAACGACAACAGUGAACCAACACUGCUUUUGGCAACAGCGCCAUGUCACGCCCCGCUAUAACACUGGUCUCGGCCGAGCUCUAGUCAAAGAUCCAGUGCAAAGUCUUGGAUGAGGUUGGCAGUGACCAUCGACCGACUCUCAUCACACUCGAUCUUGUGCUUGCAAAGCCAAGGUUUGCUAGGAGACACUGGCUGUUCGGCAAAGCCACGUGGACUCUAUUAUGUAAAAAAAUAGAAGGCACGAUCACGGAAUCAGCCGGGAUUCCCGAUACCUCUGAAAGCAUUGGCACUGCAUACAGCAAUUUUGUGAGUGGUAUCCUCACAGGGGCUAAAAAUCAAAUAGAGCAAAAAUGACAACAAAUUUCAUGUUAAAAUUGAUGACAAAUUUUUCCUUAUUGCAGUAAAGAAAUACUAGAGUGAUUUAAAAAAUUCAAACGUGUCAAAUAUAGUCCUCAUGGAAAUAAAAUAUCUGAGAAAAUUCAAACAUCAGUGAAUAAAGGUUUCUACUAUAUUUAAUAAAUUUAUUCCACAAAACUAAAUCAGGACAUCAGUUCAUCACUGAUAGCAAGUGGGACAAAAGCUGCAAUACCAUUAGGAUUUUAUUUAAAUGUUCAUUAAUGUGGUUUGGACCUAGAGUUAUACAUCUACAGCUAUAUUAUACAAAUUCUACAGCCAAAAAGUGUCAGGAAAGAGGCAAUUUUGAUGACACCAUUGUAAUUGUAAAGAUAUGAGACUUGACAAUUUGCAAAGAAUUUUAUUGCUUGAUAUAAUACUGCAGGGGGGCAAUCAUUAUAAUGUACUAAAUUAAUAUGUUGAUUUUGUACAGUUUGAGUUAGUGAUCUAAAAAGUUCAAGGAGGACUUGGAUUUUUACACAUUCUACUAAUACCUCCUUAGCAACCCUGUCCCUAACAACAUCAUAAAUCAUCCCGAUGGACCAAAUGUAUAUGCAGGUGUGCUCAAAGAUUACACUAAAGAGGUAAAGCACAAAAUUAAUAAAAUAAUUUAAUUAAUUAAAAAUAAAAAAUAAAAUCUUUUAUAACGUAGGAGUCAGUUUUUAGCUGGGUUGAUGAAAUAAUAUGGUUUAAUAUCUCCUUAAAUUUUAAUGAUUUUUUGUUUGAAAAAUCCCUCUCAAUCUCUCAAAGACUGGUGCAUUUAGUGCGAGAUAUUAAUUGUUGGUGAAGAGUAAUGAAAAAACCACUAUCAAAACCAUAAGAUCAAGAAUUAUGUCUCAGUGCAGUUUUGAAAAUUAGCAAGUUUUGAUUAUUUAUUAUGCGUUCAAUCUGCUUUAAUGUUUAUGUGAAAUAAUGUUUUACAUUGUACUAAUAAUUAUAGAUUCACACGUAAUAAAAUAGCAUGCUGCUUGGGGUCAGUUGUAGUAAUUUAAAAGCAAUGAUUAGUGUCAUAAAAAUAUAUGAACAUUGGUUUUGUCAUUAAAUGAACGAGAUAAACUUUCCACUGUAUUUGCUCUGUAAGAAUUUAUUACUAUGAAUACAAAAAAGAUAUUGAUUUUACAUUGGGUUUCUUCACACCAAUAAGUUGCGGGGGGAAAAAAAACCCUAAAAAAAUUAUUUUUUUCUAAAUUAGGAAGUAACCCCGGAAGUGUUCCUCAAAGUGUUGACUGGUGAUGCUGCAGGUGUCAAGAAAUUAUUGGGUCGAGAAGGGAAGGUCAUAAACAGGUAAAGGCAAUGAAAACGGUGGAGAUAUCAUGAAUAGUUAUUUCAGAUCACCUGUAGCUCCUGGAUGAUUAAUCUUAAAAUGAAAAUAUUUCUCCAUCCUGCUGUGUCCCAUAUUAUUGUAGAGUGUACAGAUUUGUGGAAUAUUGGCAUUAAGUCUUAUAAUUUUAAAAACAAUACAAAAAAUUAAUCAUUUCACCAGUGGCCCAGAUGAUAAAAUCUUUGUCAACUUUGCUGACCACGGCGCACCAGGAAUUUUGGCAUUUCCAAACGAUGUGGUAAGGUCAAAUAUUUAGCGUCAGCUUUCUUUUCUUUCCAAUUUAUUUUGUAUGUUGAUGUUAAAAAAAUCUAAAAUAACAUUACUUAAAGUUAUAGUAAAAAUAAAUAUUCCAAGUGUUAUAGCUCAUUACACAAUGUUGUCUACAAGCUUUUUGUUGCUCUUUUACCUGCAGCUCCAUGCUGAAGACCUGCACAAUGCCAUCAAAGCCAUGUAUCAGAAGAAACAAUACAAACAGGCAAGUUAACAUUUUCAACUGUUGGGCUUUCUUACAUCCUACCCCAUGCAUAACAUAAAUACUUUGAUACCACAUUUCAUAACAUUAAUACUUUGAUUCCACAUUGCAUAACAUACAUACUUUGAUACCUACCACAUUUCGUAACUUAAAUACUUUGAUACCACAUUGGAUAACAUUAAUACUUUGAUACCACAUUGCAUAACAUAAAUACUUUUUUAAGUUCUUAAUCUUUUCUUGUACAUGUUUUGGGUAUAAAAAGUUCAAAUUACGAGUUUGGAAAUUGACAGGAAAAGGUAGUGAGGUUAGGGGAGUAGAGUAGAGGAAGAAAUAAGGGAAAGCUUCAUAAAUAAUAGAUGGAAAUGGGAUACCCAGUUUUAAUACUAGUAACAAGUAGUACAGGUAAUUUAAAUGAUUUGCUCAUUAAACAAUGAAGUCAUAAUGAUUGAUAAGUUCAUAAUUUAGUGUAUUUGGUUAUAAACUGAACUGUCCAUAUUUUAUUGUAUCUUAAUAAAAUAUGUGCUAUUUAUAAAAACAAAAAUCAUGAUGAAUGACUCUAAUGAGAGAGACACGACCAGCAGUUUAUUUUGUAUACCAGUGGGUUUGAGAUUAGUUCCACCAUUGCAUAGAGUAAUGUGUUGGGAUGAAUCUGGUAGAAAAGAUUUUAUUUUUUACAUCGUGGGCACAGUACAUUAACUUUGUUGUUUAGUCUUGGUUCUGUAUCUUAAUUUCAAAAUUCACUACCAAAAAAAAAUUUAGUUUGAAAGUUUGUAGAGGUCUGUGGAAGUUAGCCACCAUUUUCAUGAAGAAAGAAAGGUGGUGGAUGGAAGGGUGGAAGCUAAGAGCUCAUCGAGAGUUGGUAUGUAAAUGUCAGUUUAAGGUUGUGACGCUCUACUGUUCUGCUCUCUCCUCAUCAGAUGGUGUUUUACAUUGAGGCCUGUGAAUCUGGAUCCAUGUUUGAUCGUAUUCUUGAGUCUAAUAUUAAUGGUGAGAUACCAACUAAUUUUUAACUCAAAAUGUUGACAAAUUUGUGGUUUAUUUUUCAUAUGAAAGUUAAAAAAAGGACUUGACUUUGACCGCGGAUGUAAAGAAUAUUUGGUUUUUAAAAAUCUGACCUGGAAGACAGAAUAGCAACAUUUAAUUUAAAUAAAAACAUAAUAAUUAAGUUUAAUAUUUAAACUUUUCACUUUUUAUAUUUUAAAAACUUUGUUCUAUUGCUUUGAUCAUCUUCCUGGUAAAUUAAAGCAUCUUUGCUGUGUGAUUCUGUGUUUUGUGCCUAAAAUUGUUUAUCCCAGAAGUUGGGGGGGUUAACAUCUUUGUACUCUGGGUCCUCCUCUAACACAGCAGUUCUCAAACUGGGGGUCAAACAACCCUUUCCCAGGGGUCUCUUAAGACCAUAGGAAAAUACAUAUAUAUUCUAUAGUUAUGAAGAAGCAAUUAAAAUUUUGUGGUUGGGGGGUCGCCAUAAAAUGAGGAACUGUAAUAAAGUGUCACGGCAUUAAGAAGGUUGAGAACCACCGCCCGCUCCAACAUAACUGCCUUUAAUCAGAGCUUUGGAUGAUUUUGAUAAAUCAGAACUUUCAACCUCUUUUUUAUGAGACAGACCACAAGCCAGACUUGGUCUAAAAAUGUUUUUACAAAUAUGAGCAGCAUGGGUCAAAAGUUUGAUGUGUGUAGUCUCAGACACAGCUGAUAGUAAACUGAUAUAUGGUGUCUUUUAUCUGAAUCGCAGUGUUUGUCACAACUGCUGCAAACCCUGAUGAGUCAUCAUACGCAUGUUAUUAUGAUGAUAAAAGAGAAACUUAUCUUGGUGAUGUUUACAGCGUCAUGUGGAUGGAAGACUCAGAUAAGGUAUUUACUACUUGUAACAUUUCUAUUGGCUUUCAAUACUAAUUUAGUUUUUAAGCCAAAAAAGAAAGAAAAAUCUUAAGUUCUGAUAUUUUCAGGGGAGUUAAUCUUCUAGGCUUCUUGAGUCUGAAAAAGCACACUGACAUUAACACAAAUUAGGUGAUUUUUGCAUGUGCCUAGGAGGGUGGUUUCCCCCCCACCCCCUUGUCCAAAUUUAAAAUUGAAUUAAAAAUGUAAAUACAGCUCCAGAACAGUUGAAAAAUUCUAGUCAACAUUUACCUGUAUAAGCUGCAAAAUGAAUUACCUGGGUGAAUACAUGGGCGAAUAUUGACAUUUGUAUUUUUACAAUCAAAAAUGCUUAUAUUCAUCACAAUCUUAAAUUUACGUGUAUUCUUAGAUGUACUGUGAUCUUUCUUUCAUUGUUUGAUCUUAUUUAUAUAUUGUUGAACAGGAAGACCUGUCUGCUGAAACUCUUCAGAGUCAGUUCAAAAUUGUGAAGAAAGAAACCAACACAAGCCAUGUUAUGGAAUAUGGAGACUUGGUAAGUCUAGGAUGUCUGUAUUGAUUAAUGGAAGGGAGGAGGGUGUGGUGAGGGUAGUUUUGAUAGUUUUGUGUCAUUAAUUGCAUUUGCUUCUCAGUUUAAAUAAAAAACGUUUUUUUCUGUUAAGAUGUAAGAAUAUCCAGCAUUUGAAAUAGUCACCGAUUAGCAACAUUAGGUAAUAGCUAGUAAUUAUUCCUUUGAAUUUCUGAUAACUUACGUAUUUGAUCUGAUCACUUCCUGAAAUUAAGAUCAUAACUUCGCUAUUUUUUCAUAUUAUUAUUUUUGCUCCAAUUGCCGUGCUGAUAAAAUCAUUUAGGCUCUUUUUGCAUCUUUUAUGAAGCUUAGCCAUACCACUUAAAUUUUAUUUAUAUUAUUUAACAAAUACUCAAAAAAAUUGAAAGACAUUUUUUACUACUUGUAACAGACAUUUAAAGGAAAGAGGAAAAAUGUUUUUUUGUAAUGAAAGCAACUGAUGGGAAAUUCUUAAUACUGGAGAUCUAAAAAAAAAAUUACAUUUAAAUAUCAAGUUAAUGACAAUUUAAAUAUAAAAACAUCUAUGAUAUAUAAUAUUUAGGUUGAUCCUUCAAAUACUUCAAUGAACAAUUCUAUUUAAAAAUAAUAAAAUUUUGGAAUGUUUUAAUCUCAGAUAUGAGUAGUAUAUAUAAAAUCACAUUCAUUUUUUUUUUAUCACUUGAUAAAGCUAUAUUGAAAUUUUUAGUAUUGCAAUGUAAAAUAAAGGUUUUUUUCUACCUAGAGUAUGGGAAAAUUAAAAGUUGGUGACUUUCAAGGAAACCUUACAUCAAACAAUCCUCUAAGGUCAUUUGCACUCAAGUUCCAUCCAACAGUAAGUAAUCACACCUAUCUUCAAAAGAUAUAAUGGCUUCAAGUGAAGUGAAUUUUUUUAAGAAAUGGAGAGAAGAGACUAAAAAUUUUUCUCAAUGUGUUUAAACAUAAAAUACACCUUGCAUAUCCUAUUAGUACUUUCAUAAAAAUCUGGCAUCUUGCACAUUUUCUUUUCUUCUUUAGUUGGAUGCAGUCCCAUCUGAGGAUGUGCAGAUGGAAGUACUGAAAAGAAAGUUGUCCAAGUCUAAUGGGGAUGAACAGAUCAGACACAAGGCUGCUUUAGAUGCUCUGAUGAAGGUGAGUAGGGCCUUUAAACAUAAGUUAAUGUUUUGAUGUAAAUGUGCUUAUGAUUUUGUAAAAUGAAAAGUAAAUCCAUGAUUUAAACCAUUUAAUGUCACUCAUUCCUUUAAAAAACAGUAUUGUGCAAUAGAUGAUUAGGCUCCUAUUGGGUUAACUUAUAAUUUUAAUGCUUUGAAUAAUUAGUUUAAGAUACUUUAUUUAUUAACAUCAAUAAACAUACUAGUAUUUAAAUGUAUAUAACUAUUUCUUUUUGUCUAUUAUAGAGGAAGGACAGCACUGAACAGUUUUUCAAAAAUAUUGUGGGCCUGGUCACCAAAUUUCACCUUUAUGACAUUUUUCUGAGAGCUCCAUUGGUGUUUACCGACUUCAAAUGUUACAGAGAAAGUCUGCGUCUUGUGAGAGAGAUGUGCCCAAGCUUAGAUCUUGUACAGGUAGGAGUUACCAGAGUAGAAGUGUGUUUUGAAAACCAGGUGCAAGAUAAAUAAAUAUCUCUUGAAGGACAGGCACUUGACAGACUUAAAAACUAUCAAGUUACAGUUUCUAGACACAAUAACUAUUGAAUUUUAAAACUGUAAUUUAAGACAAGCAGCACACCAAAAUGGUCUUCAGCUUUAAUUGUUAAACAGCAACUAUUAGCCUAUAACUAGUAAAACAAUUGUAUUUCUAGAAUAACUUAACCCCUCUCAAUGGUUUAUAAUGGGACACUGAAGCUAACAUAAAAUAAAAAUAUAAACUAAGAUUUGAAUGUGAAAAUACCUUCAUGUUUUUUCCUAAGAUAUUAAAACAAUAAUUUGACUGAUUAUUCAAAAUAUUAUCUCUAUCUAUUCAAAUUUUGUUAAUUUGUAAGAACCAAAAUUGAUAUAAUUUUUUGUUUCAAAAAUAAAUUUGUUAUCCACACAAUGCAGGCAAUAUAAAAUGUUAAAAAUUUAUUUCCAACAAUUAUUUCAGAAUGACUAUGCCUUGAGAAAACUGCGUGUUCUCGCCAACAUGUGUGAAACUGACAUCCCUCAUGAAAAAAUCUGGGCAGCCAUUGGCAAAGUGUCCUAUGAAACAAGCUUCUGUACAAGCGCUUUUUAAUUUGUCAGGUUGAAUUUUAAUAGAACUUUAGCUUUGCAGUGCUGAAUUUUUUGCAAAAUGUCAUUUGUUUCGCACAUUAGUAAGAUCUUAUCAAAAUGCAUUUUAUAAAAGACAACAAUUUAUAUUGUUUUAAUCUCUUUGGUUGUUAAAAAAAUGUAUUGCAAUAAUAUCUUUGAUUACAAAUUGACUUGAACUUCAAACAUGGGGUUAUCUUUUCAUAACAUUUACCUAUUAUGUAAAUAUCUCUUUUAACACCAUGAUACUUGAAAGAUUUUCUCCAUCACUGCAUUUCCUGACUGAAAAUUUAUUCCAAAAAUUGUAUAUUGUAAUUAAUAUUGUGUCAAUUGUCUUUCAAAAUAUUCAGCACACUUCGGAUUUGCUGGGGAUAAAAAUGCAAUCUGUAUAUUUUGUUAUUUGCUUUGCCAUUCUGUGUUUCCUUAAAUGAGAACAAAUGUCACCAUAAUUUGUCAAUGUUAAAAAAACUUGUAAAAUUAAUAGUCUCAUUUGACCUGUCCUUUCUUUAAGUUAUAUGUGAUUCAUCCAAGACCAUCUCAAAUUGGUUAUAGUGUAAAUAGUUUUAUUGAAGCUUCAAAUCUGUUAAUCUAUUUCUGUUUUCUAAAAUAUUCAGUCCAUCAAUGAAAGAUUAUUAUGUUGUUUAAUCAUUUAAAUAACACAGGGUAAUGAUUAAGCUUCUUAUUGUAUGAUUAAAUCAAAAUAUUUCUUAUAAGAGUUUAUACAUAAUUUAUUAUCAGCUUUAUCUGUCUGCAAGGGAGAUUAAAAUUAACAGUUUUACCUCCCUUCCUCCACAUAUUUUAAUUCUGCCAUUGACUGACAUUUCUCUUAAAACUCCACUAAAUUUAAACCCUCGAACUGUGGUUGGCCAAAAAAAUUGGCUGAUAUUCUCGUUCUGUACUGUGGCAGCCAAAAAAAAUCGGCAGACAAAAAACACAGUCCGAUAGCAACUUCCAAUCCAAUAUUUAACCAGAAUCAUAGCCACUUCCUUUUAUUAUUAAUAAAUUCAACUUUCUGGUCAAGCAGUUUCUUGAUAACAAUAAGUACUUUUUAAUCGGAAUUUUAUAUCGCUGUUUUUGAAAAAGUUAAUAUGGCUGAAGCUAUGGCGUGGCCUUCAGUGUGAGAACUAAUAUAAAUAUUUUUGAAAGCUUUUUAGGAAAGGAUUUAAGUGAUACUGAUGAUGAUUUGAACAUUCCCCAUGACAAUCUCAGUUCAGAUUCUUCUUCUCAGAAAUCUUAUACUAGUCUUAGUGAUACUGAAGAAGGCCUACUGUUAGACUUUGAGCCAGGCCUGGAGGUCGGGUAAGGACUGACUGAAUUUUAGUCGCAGAAGCCACAGAUUUAUAGUUAAAAAAUCCAAAUCAGUUCCACAGUUCCUUUUUAAAUGUUUACUAGUCAAAAAUAACUAUUUUGCCUGAGAUUUUGUAUGCUUUACUUGGUUUUAGCCGUGGUCCCAGUUUCUUAUUUUUUCAUUAAUAAAUGACCUAAAAUUACUUAAAUUGUUUUCAGAGAUUUAAUUGUAAUCAAAAUCUUAGCAAACUAUACAUUUUAUGAAAGAUAAAUGAAUUGGCUACCACAUUUGUAUUUAGCAUUUUAAUGGAAUCUGUACAAAUUUAAUGAUGUCAUGAGCACUUGAAAGCAAGAUAUUUUGUCGAUUUUUUUCUUCCCUUAAGCACUCCGUCAAGGACACUGAACAAAAUUUUUUUAUGGGUGGGCAAUAUAGUCAACUUUAUCCCCAUCCAUUUACCUUUCUAAAAAUAUAUAUUAAUUUAAGUCUUGUAUCAAUAUUUUAUGUCAUUUAAUGCUAUUUUUAAAGGCACUCAAAAAGCCCUUCAAAGCUCCCACACUACAGAAUGAUCUAUGAUCUAUGUCACAGUUCAAGGGUUAAACACUUGUAUUAAAUAAUUUAGAUAGUAUUUUUUUUAUAUUAAACAUUUUUUAAUAGUAAAAGUACCUCGCUCCACACUCAAUUCCAUUUUUGUUGAGCCUCUGUUUUUGUUGUUGUAGCUUGCUUGUGCUAAAAUGGUGUUGAUGCAAUGUGCAUCAUAUCUCUUUAAACAGCAGUUUACCAUACAAUUUUUUAUAUUAGAUUAAAAUUGUAAAAGUUCUGUUAUACCAUCUCCCCCCCCCCUCUUUUUUUUCUCCAUGGUCAAUAGUUCAAAGAUCAAGGCUGUCUGUCUUGUAUAUUUUCAUUCUUCAAAAGGUUAUAAUUGUCUAUAUAUCAUCACAGCCAUGCAUGUGCCAUAGAUGUCUGGUUUUUAUUUAAAAUCUAAAAAUAAUAAAAAUAUUGUACCUUUGAAAUUCUGAUAAAGAAUAAAAUUGUUACAAAAAUAUGAGAACACAAUGUUUUAAAGUCAAUAAAUACUUUUAA